AAAAGGCCCUUUCGGCUUUCGGCCGAAAGGGUUUUAGCACCAAAAAAUAUCACCGAAUGUCAGAACAGGCAACCUAACGUGUUGUUGUGAUGACGUAAUAAAGACGCGGCGAGGCAGGGACCAUGCUCACGGCUGGCUCACAGCCAACAUGUCUGCCGCUUGGAGAUACUUCACAAUAUCAGAUAAAGAGGCGCGGAUUGCGAUUUGCAAAACGUGUUCAGCUGACAUUUCUCGAGGGGGUGUAACUUCAAAGACUUUCAGCACUUCGGGAUUACUCCAUCACUUGAAAUCUAAACACCCGGACCAAUAUACGGAGUAUGAUGAAAUCACCAGCGCACAGAAAAAAAAAGUCCUUCCCAGCACCCCGACUCCUUCUGUGGCGGACCUUUUUGAAAAGAUUAAAAAGUUUCCCAGUGAUGGUCCUAAGGCAAAGGGCAUUACUCGGAAGUUAAUGGAAUGCAUCGCUAUGGACGAUCAACCGUUUUCUGUCGUACAGGACGUUGGAUUUCGUAGGCUUAUUGAGCAUAUUGAGCCACGUUAUUCCUUGCCUAGCAGACGACACUUAGCAGACGUGUGCUUACCUGAACUGUACAAUGUCGUUGCUAAUCACAUCCAUGAGCUCUUGGCUACAGAUAUUACAGCCAUCAGCUUCACGACAGACAUAUGGAGCUCAGACGUAAGCAUCACCAGUAUGCUCAGUCUAACUGCACAAUGGAUCAACAAGGAUUUUAAACUGCAAAAGAUUCUGCUGCAUUCGCAAGAGUUUAGGGGGUCUCAUACAGCACAAUCCAUCUCCUUGACAUUCGCCAAUAUGUUCGACACAUGGCAUAUCGACCGACCUAAAGUGCACGCAAUAGUCAGUGAUAACGCAAUAAAUAUGACUAAAGCUAUAGAAGAAUGCAAUCUGAGUGGAAUACGCUGCAUGGCCCACACUCUGCAAUUAGCUGUGAACGAGGGAGUGUUGGCUCAACGCAGCGUAAAAGAUCUGUUGGCCAUAAGCAGAAAGAUUGUUGGUCACUUCAAACAUUCUCAACUGGCCUAUUCUCGCAUUGAGCCAAUACAAGAUGAGCUUGGAGUAACAACGAAACGGUUCCAACAAGAUGUGAGUACACGGUGGAACAGUACUUAUUAUUAGAG